AUGGCAGUGCCACCAAUUAGGCUAAGAACCCCUGAAGUCUGCAGAGAGGCUGUUGUUCUUUCAAUGGAGAUAACGAUCCUUCUUGGCGGUGCUUUGCUUUUCUAUACAAUUCUUCUCGUUCUACAACAAAUCUUUUCUUACACUGGGGUGAUAUUGCUUUCGAUAGGAGCGAUUUUUCUAUUGACACAGGAUCACAGUAGCAAUAGCAGCCUGCCUAUCACUACCGCGCACAAGCUGAUGGAAAUUAGCAAGCAACUAUGCCACAUUGUCGUGUCUACCACGAAUAAAUUACGUGAGGAGCCUAUUACAAAUUGCCCUCGUUUGGAGCCAAGAUGCUCGGGGAAUGUGGCUAUAUGGACGAGCUACGUAGCUUAUGCCGGUCUUCUGAUUCAAGUAUUUUUAAGAUAUCCUAUAUCAUUAGACACAUUUUUUGCAGGUGGGUUCAUUGCCAUUGCUGUUUGUGCAAACCAUACAUUUUUGUUUUCAUGCAUUUGGGAUUCAAUAGAGAGGAAGUGUCUUCGUCAAAAUGUUGAUCAGGCUGACAGCAGGAACAAGGUUGAUGAAUAUGAACUAAAGGAAGCUCAAGCUAAAUAUGAUGAAGAUCGACAAAAGUGGGAGGAGGAGAAGAAAGAUCUUACAGAACAGCUUCACAGGGCAAACUCAAAACUUAGCGAAAAGGCGAAAGCUUAUAGUAUGUUUGGAAAUGUUAACUGGGAUUAG